AUGGUUAUUAUUUUAGAUAUAAUUGAAGAAACUCGAUUAAAAGUUGCAGUUGUUACAAAAGGAAAAAACAACAGUCCUGUUGCAUUAAUUAGAAAAAUGUUUAAACGUUACUACAAAGGUAAUCAUCAUGAUAAUAUGAAAUUUUAUUUAUUUAUUCAUUUAACAAAAAAAAUUGAUCAUUAUAAUAAUAAUUAUAAUAUUGUGGGAAUAUUUUAA